GAGGUGUGGGCCCCUGGGGCGGCCGAGGCCGGCCCCUCUGCGGCGCCGCCCGCCAGCGCCGGCUCCGCGGCCCUGGCGCCUCGCUGCCUGUCACGCGCCGCGGCCGAGGGGCGGGGAGGCGGCGCCCCGCCGCGGGACCCGAGCGCCUGCGGGGCGGACGGCGCGGCCGGUUGCUGGCCCGGGCCGGAGCCGUGCGGCCCCUGGGACGGCCGCGCGGGGUGGCUGCAGCUGCCGAGGUUCCUCCUGCCGGCGGAGAGCUCUCCGCCCGGCCCCGGCGGGGAGGCCGACGUGGCCAGAGAGGGGGCGGCGAACUUCGGGGUCGGCGGAUUCACGUUUUUCUCCUUGGAGGCCAAUGACGAUCAGGAUUCGCAGGCUGAUGAAGACGCCAGGUCCUUGCCGAGUGUCGCCAUGUCUAGCGAAUGGUCUCGAUCACCUCGAGGAGCAUCGCCUCGUAGUGCGAGUCGGGACUUUGGGUCCGUCCUCGUGCUCUGAACGAGCGUCGGCUGCGAUUGGCGGUACAGGUUUUGUGCAUGAUCGUACACGUUACGCGUUUGCGCCCACAAGCAGUCGAACAAUAAGCUGACCUGCCAGCAUGGGGGUUACGAGAGUUGUUCGUUCCCCUAUGGGCCUAGCAGCCCUCAGUUUCGUGUUGCAUUAGCUCUGAUCGUAUGAUGCCGUCCUGCCGCCUGUGUACGCGCAUGGACGUACAUGGAUGUACAUACGCGCGUGCAAUGUGUGUAUUCACGUACGGCUAGCUAGGAGGCAUCGGCGGAUCACGCGUUCAUAGUUUCUUGUGUGGCCAUUGGGCGCAUACUAAUGCACCGCAGCUGUUUGCAGGAAGACGCGGCGUCUAGGGCCGUCAGCCGUGCUCAAUAGGCGUAGUAUGAUUGCGGAAAGAGGCCAUGAGUUCGAGAAGUGUUUGCCCAGUUUUCUCACGUGCAUGGAAGAGUAGUAUGUCUCACCCGAGCUUGUUCGCUCCGAAGCAGUGCGCCAUGCCGCGCGCUGAUUUCAGUGUAAUUGCUUCAACGGCUCGCACUGCCGAGGCCCGUGGUAAGAUGCAGCGUCGGCGUGAAUCGCGCCCCAAUUCGGACCCCAUCGGGUGAAUUAGCCCCCGAGCACUCUGCGAGGCUUGUGCGGCUUGGGCCGAGCCUAUUGGUUGGCCCGCCGCAGCGAAGGAGGCGACGGUGCAAGUGAUUGGAAGGUUGGCGAGGUGGUCAGUUGCCCGUGGAUGGGAGUUCAAGGCUCCCUCUGAAAUCAAGUUCUGGCGCUCGCUUGCCUCUGUUUUAGCUGCCGCUUCCAUCGUCCUCCACCAGAUCCCCAGCACGAUCCACCUGAA